AUGGUGAGACCACGGAGCCUGCCGCCGCCCGAGCGCGACGCCGGCGUGCUCACGGACUUCGGUCGGCAUCGGCUCAUGGUUUAUGCUCCUUCCACCUGGAAGCCAGACAAGAACUGCGCGAAGGCGCCGGAGCUUCAGCUGGUCCGGGAGCACGUCUAUGGCAUGGAUGGCUCAGCACCACAGAGCGUGCAUUUCACCAUGGACGGGCGCUGUGUCUACAUCGCAGCAAGGCUUUGCAUUAUCGAGGAUUUGUUGCAGCCAAGGCAGACCUACUUUGAGGGCCACAACGCGGACGUGCUUUGCUUGUCACUCGCCCCAAAGCUGGAUUUGGCCAUCAGUGGGCAGCAGGAACCGCCCGGCGUGGGAAGCUCCUAUGCCUGCGUGUGGUGUCCCAGCUAUCCAUCUCGAGCGCUUUGCAGGCUCCAUUGCUUUUUAGACCGCUCCGGCGCGACGAAAGGCGAUGAGGUGCCUCGGCACCGGGACCGCAAGGAGGGCGAGGUGGACUUCCCCUUUUGGUGCCCCGGCGAUCGAAGGGCGCAGCUGCGAGGCAUCUCUGCUGUGGCCAUUGCAGCUUCGGGGCGCUUCGCAGUGAUGAUGGCCCUGGACGACAAGCGGAGCAUUAUCCUCUUCAAGCUCCCAGCUUGCUGUGCCAAGCCUGUGACUUCGGAGGUGUCCCAGACCUAUGUCAUACGGGUGCCCACCAUGGUGGUGGCCAGCGGAGGAAACAUUUGCGAGCUGGCGACCACGAAUCCCUUCGACUCCGAGCGGCGCUUCCGCUUUGCCACGCUGAACAAGACCGCGGUGAAGCUCUACGAGUACCGGGAAGCCAGCAAUGAACUGGUGCACGGUGCCGUGAUCUUUGGGAAGGCUCCCCAACAGCACUUGAAUCAUGUGGCUUAUGCCACUGAAGCUGGGCAUUUGCUGAUGUGUGGCAAAGAAGGGAGGCUCUAUGAUGUGCAUGGCUCACAUGUGCACCACAGUGCUGUCCUCUCGCACCAACUGGGCUGCGCUGUGUCCUUGUGGAAAAUCAAAGGUCAAAGCUACGAGUUCCUGGCAGCAGACACCACCGGCACCUUCUUGUUGGGCCGCUUCGAGGAGGAUCCACCAGCGAAGCCACGGAAGACGCGGCCGUUGGGGAUCAGGCCACAGGUGGCCGAACGCUUUACCCUGGAGCAGCUGCCUGCUAAGCCUGGCCAGGAGUUUCCCAAGGGCCUGCGUCCCAAAUGGCGCAGUUUGGCGGUGAAUGAGCGAGGGCUGGUUUUGGCCGCCUCGGAAGGACAUAUGCUGGUGAUCUUUGACCUGGGAUUGACAGGCCAGCGUCGCUGCAUCUGGCGAGUCGUGCAGGUGGGCCACAAGGUGGAGGCCUGGGCCUUGGCGCAUCAUCCCAAGAUCCCUGGCCUUUGUGCCAGCGGCGAUGAGCGUGGGGUGAUCCACUUCUGGGACUUGGAGCAACGGAAGCCGUUGCUGGAGAAGACCUAUCGUUCGGAUCAAACGGUGCACCGGCUGGAGUUCUCCCCGGAAGGCGAUUUGUUGGUCUUGGGCCAGCUGGGCAUCGUCACCAUCUUGGAGUUCCCCUCCCUUCAGAGCGUCCACCGGCGCCGGGUCUCCUUUGUGAAAGACUUCCGUGGACAGGAGGGCGAGGUCAUCAGCUGGAUCGUGUUCUCCAACUACGCGGACGGUGAAGACUCUCGCUAUCUUGCCUGUGCUUGUUGGGAUCAGAACAUUUACCUCUUUCGCCUGGUUUGGAGGACCAAGGCUGGUCACAAGCACAAGGGUUCCGAGCGGCAUCGCGAGAUCAUGUAUCGCGGGACGCUCACGGGGAAUUCCUCUUCCCCGACCCAUGUGAUGUUCACUGCGGAUGCCCAGUUCUUAGUGUCCAACUCCACGGAUCUCUCCAUCCUCGUGUGGCGCACCGGCACCGGUGAGCGGCUCCACUGCUUGGCCGCCGUGCGCGACAUGCCGCGCGCCGGGCCCUGGCGGAACAUCAUCGGCUGGCCGGUGGCCGGGGUCUGGAAGAAGAGCUAUGCCCAGUCGGAUGUGAAUGCGGUUUGCCAGAGCUAUGGCUCUGGAGGGCAGCCAGAUGGUGAUGUCCUCGCAGUCGCGGAUGACGAGCACAUGGUGAACCUCUACCGCUUUCCGGCGCCCAUCUCACUGUCACAGGGCCGGCAGCAGCUUGGCAAUCAGGUUCUCUGA